GGCGAAUCGAAGUGGUGGUGGCGGAGCGGCUGUCCAAGCGGCGGGAGGAGCGGGAGGAGCGGCCGCAUCAGGGCCGGCGGCGGCGGCGCAGAUCGACAUGUCGGUGCUGGCGGAGCUGCCUCCGGAUGUACGGCGGGAGGUGGAGAGGGAGUACGGUCUGCUGGCCCGACGCGCCGCCCCGGCCCCCGCCCCCAGCCGCCCUGCCAAGCGCGCCCGCCAGCAGCAGGCGCCCGGGCAAGCCCACCUGGCGGCGGCCGCACCCCGACAGGCCGGCAGCGGCACCGUCGGCGGUAAUGCCGGUCCGGGAGCAGCAGGUGCAGCAGGUGGGGAGAGGGCCCUGGCGGCUGCUGGUGUUGCGAGCAGUGCAGGAGGCGGCAGCAGCGGAGGAGGAGGUGCGAUGCUGGGGCUGGACAUGGGGAGGCGCAGUCGGGAGGGCACCGCCGGGGGCGUUGCAGGCAACGCUGUCGCUGCGUCUGCGGCUGCUGCGCCUGCCUCCGCUUGCGACCUGCGCCGGAGCGCGGCGGCAGGUGCAGCAGCAGCCGCGCCGCCGGCGGGGCCCUCCACCACGGCUGCUGCUCCACCGGCUCCCCC